CACCUCGAUUAAGCUAAAAAAAUGCCCCUUCUCGAAAGAAGUAUGGACCCUUAGCUGCAAAGAAAUCAAGAACCCGUGUUAUGUCCAAACCCUAUGGGAGAUUAAAGAUUAAAGGCUUCCAUAAAGUAAGUCUUUUAGUAUAAAGAGCCCUCAAAAUUAAAUCCCUAGAACACCAAUCAGUUAAGCAUAGAGAAGAGAAGAUCGAACUUCGUAGUGUUACUGUCACUGGAUCUCCAUCAACGAAAAAACCAUGUCGGCAACUCCUGAAGGUUCACACCCCCACAAGGAAUCGACUUCUCCGAAGGCUACAGAGGCCGAGGCCCGAGAAGUAUCAUACCCGCCUGCCGAGGACACCAAGAAAUGGGGAACCCAUGUUAUGGGGCCGCCUGCAGCGCCCUCCGCACACCCGGACAACCAGAAGGCCGCAACGUGGAAUGCCGGGGACCACCAGCAGAUCCUCCAGCCCUAUGUCCGGUACGACCCCGUGGAGAAGCCCAGCAACAACCCGUUCGAGCCCGUUAUUGACAUGUUCAACUCCUGGAGCAAGAAGGCGGAGACUAUAGCCCGCAAUAUCUGGCACAAUCUUAAAACAGGGCACUCUGUUUCUGAGGCGGCUUGGGGAAAGGUGAACCUUACGGCCAAAGCUAUAACCGAAGGGGGAUUCGAGCCCCUCUUCAGGCAGAUAUUCGGGACCGAUCCAAACGAGAGCCUCAAGAAGACAUUCGCUUGCUACCUCUCGACAUCCACCGGCCCAGUCGCUGGAACCCUCUACCUAUCGACUGCCCGUGUGGCUUUCUGCAGCGACCGCCCCUUGUCCUUCACUGCUCCUUCUGGACAGGAGACUUGGAGCUACUAUAAGGUUUCAAUUCCGUUCGUGAACAUCUCGGCAGCGAAUCCGGUGGUUAUGAAGGAGAAUCCGCCAGAGAAGUACAUUCAGGUUGUGACCACGGACGGCCAUGACUUCUGGUUCAUGGGAUUUGUCAGCUUCGAGAAGGCUUUGCAUCACCUGCUAGAGAGCGUCUCGAAUGCCCGAGCAGCGUACCCAGUUACAACCCAGUAGGCACCCCGUUUUUUCGUACAUAAUGAGUUUCGAGUAUUCCUAUUCGUUGCUAUGUUUGUGAAGGUUUGAGCACGGCGUGUUUACUUCAUGAUUGACUAGUAAGCAGAUGGAGAGAGCGAGCCAUCGUCAUUGUUGGUUGUACAUCUUCAUAGUUAUAGGAAUGAUCGUUUUGAGUUUUUCUUUCUUGUGAAUAAAUCUAUCAUUUGUUGAAUGAUAAUAUCCAUUCUGAUGGUAUUGGAAAUUUCUCA